AUGGAUGAGGUAGACCAAGAGAAUACAUCCUUUGUCACCAGUCAAGGCUUGUUCUGUCAUAAGAUGAUGCCCUUUGGUUUAAAGAAUGCGAGGGCGAUAUAUCAGAGAUUUGUUAACCACAUGUUUCGUCCGCAGAUCAAGCGGAAUGUGGAAGUCUAUGUAGAUGACAUGCUGGUGAAGAGUCAGGACGAGAAAGGGCAUCUGGACAACCUGCAGGAGACCUUUGACACACUUAGGCAGUACCACAUGAAGUUGAACCCUAGCAAAUGUGCUUUUGGAGUAUCAUCAGGAAAAUUCCUUGGAUUUAUGGUCUCCCAUAGGGGAAUUGAAGCGAAUCCUGACAAAAUUCAAGCAAUACUAGACAUGAAGCCUCCACAAAAUACUAAAGAAAUUCAAUCCCUCACCGGACGAGUUGCUGCACUUAACAGUAAGAGAUGGGUAGUUUAUGUGGAUGGUUCGUCUACACGACACGCAGGAGGAAUUGGUGUGGUUCUACAAUCCCCAGAAGGAGAUAAACUGAAACACAAAGUUCGUUUGCAGUACCAAACAACUAAUAAUGAAGUAGAGUAUGAAGCCCUCCUCAAGGGGCUAGAAUUGGCUAAGACUAUGGAAGCCAAGUCCAUACUCAUCUUGGGGGAUUCUCAGUUGAUUAUGGGCCAAAUGAAUGGGAUAUAUGAGGCUAAGGAAGAACGCAUGAGGAAGUACCUUAAUAGGGUGAUGUGCCUUAUGAAAAGAUUUGAGGAAGCUGACUUCAUUCAAAUCCUAAGGGAGAAGAACGUGAAAGCUGAUAUCAUAGCGAAAGAAGCCUCAGCAAAUGAGUCCAUGGAUGAAGUUGAUGGGUUCAAUACAUGCCAAGCAUAG